AAUUGAUGCUUUUGGGACAGUGUAUGCAGCCAAAAGAGGGCAUGCAGCAUUGGUGUCCUCAGAUCCAUCCAAACUGGCCUGUUYUCCUAGAGAAGCCUGUGUUUUUUGCCCCCUUCCCAGUCCGGACUUGCAAGCAACAAAGCGUUAAGUUUCUGGCUCAGCGGUUUAUUGUUCACUGGGAAUGAAGACACCGACUGGAUCUGGCUGCUACUGCAGUCAAYGUGCUCUCCCUGUGUAACCUUGCACUGCUUUAGUGUCGACUCUUCUGGAAAAAGGUAAUUGAAAAUGGCUCCUCAAUGAUGCUGAGUUUACAAUGGGAAGUGUCACACUUCGCUAUUUCUGCUAUGGGUGCCUCUUCACAUCCGUGACCUGGACACUUCUGCUCUUUGUUUAUUUCAACUUCAGUGAAGAGAAYCAGUCCUUCAAGAAUGUGCCCGUCAAGGGGCUGGAACCUCAGAGGCCAUUUCCAAAAAAAUUCUACCCCCGUUUUACGCGGGGACCAGUUCAUAUACCUGAAUUGCAACAGAAAGAGAAUAAAAUAGGAAAUUCUUUUGGGAAUCAUAUCCAGGACCCAGUUAAGGGGGAGGUAGAAUUCUCUCCUGAAAUGGGAAUGAUUUUUAAUGAAGAAGAUCAAGAAGUAAGAGACUUGGGCUAUCAGAAACAUGCUUUCAAUAUGCUUAUCAGCAAUCGACUGGGAUACCACAGGGAGGUGCCUGAUACAAGAGAUGCAAAGUGCAGAGAGAAGUCCUAYCCUGCUGAUCUGCCCUCUGCCAGCGUCGUGAUCUGUUUCUACAACGAGGCGCUCUCUGCCCUGCUUCGUACAGUGCACAGUGUCCUGGACCGCACUCCUGCUCACCUCCUGCACGAAAUCAUUCUGGUGGAUGAUAACAGUGAAUUGGCUGACUUGAAAAAAGAYUUGGGUGACUAUGUUAAAACUCAGCUUCCAAAAUCUACAAAAUUGGUAAGAAAUGAGAAGAGGGAAGGCUUGAUCAGAGGAAGGAUGAUUGGAGCCUCUCAUGCCACAGGGAAAGUGCUGGUGUUCCUGGACAGUCACUGUGAGGUGAAUGAAAUGUGGUUGCAGCCUCUGCUGACUCCCAUCAGAGAGAAUCGYAGGACUGUGGUGUGCCCUGUGAUUGACAUCAUCAGUGCUGACACCCUCACCUACAGCUCCUCCCCUGUUGUGCGUGGGGGCUUUAACUGGGGCCUGCACUUCAAAUGGGACCUUGUUCCUUUGUCAGAACUGGAAGGACCCGAGGGAGCCACUGCUCCAAUCAAGUCACCUACCAUGGCUGGAGGGUUGUUUGCCAUGGAUCGUGAGUACUUCAAUGAGCUCGGACAGUACGACAGUGGCAUGGACAUCUGGGGAGGAGAAAACCUGGAAAUAUCUUUUCGGAUCUGGAUGUGUGGUGGCAGACUUCUGAUCAUCCCCUGCUCCAGGGUGGGACACAUUUUCCGCAAGAGGCGUCCCUAUGGCUCACCUGGGGGACAGGAUACCAUGGCUCAUAACUCACUGAGGCUGGCACAUGUGUGGAUGGAUGAAUACAAGGAGCAGUAUUUUGCUUUGAGACCUGAGCUGAGGAUGAGGACCUAUGGAAAUAUCACUGACCGUGUAGAAUUGAGGAAGAGAUUGAACUGCAAGUCAUUUAAGUGGUAUUUAGAUAACAUCUAUCCUGAGAUGCAAAUAUCUGGGCCCAAUGCCAAAGCUCCACAGCCAGUUUUUAUUAACAGAGCGCAGAAACGACCAAAAAUAAUCCAGCGUGGAAGGCUGUAUCACCUCCAAACCAACAAAUGCCUGGUGGCCCAGGGCCAUCCAAGUCAGAAAGGAGGCCUGGUGGUGGUUCGGGAAUGUGACUACAACGAUCAGAACCAGGUCUGGAUUUACAAUGAGGAUCACGAGCUGAUUUUAAAUAACUUGCUUUGUUUGGAUGUUUCGGAAACUCGCUCGUCUGAUCCCCCUCGUCUCAUGAAAUGCCACGGCUCUGGUGGCUCCCAGCAGUGGACAUUUGGGAAAAACAACCGCCUGUACCAGGUCUCUGUGGGGCAGUGCCUGAAGGUGGUGGAUCCACUGAGCCACAAGGGGUACGUGACCGUGGCCAUCUGUGACGGGUCCCUUCCUCAGCAGUGGCAUUUUGAGAGCUGAGACAGCAACGAGGUGGCUGAGGAGAGUCUGGCUGAGCCCUGGUUCCCCUUCUACCAUGAUCUGACGUCCUGGAGCGUUUUGAGCAGAGCCCUUGGCUGCUACACCCAGCACAACCAUCACAAGGACCUGCUGGAAAUGCCCUGCUCCRAGGAGCUGAGUGUGGGAAAGUCCARGGGGUCACUGGUACCUARACAACCAGUGAGAGUAGCAGCCCCACAGCGGAAAAGCACACAGAAGUGAAAUUUAUCAUCGGUUCCUUGGAUSAUUCUGGAUCAUUGGACUGGUUUUAAGAGGAAUCAUUAGAGCAAUGUAAUUUAAAUGGUGAGAUUUCAGCUCUGUGGAUCUUCUAAAUGACAAUGACAGAAAGGAGCCCUCCUUAAGUAUUUCAUGUGCAGUAUCUCAAUAAUUUACACUUCUAGUAUGGGUUUACUGGCCAAAUUAUUUUACUUUUUCUGGAAAGUUUUUUUYYCCCCUUUUAUCUUCUGAAGAUUGUAAUUUGUAAUAUUUAAAUUUAGUUCAUUUAAUUUACAAUUUUAGGGCAUUUCUUGUAGUACAAAUUCUUUGCUGUCAUUCGUCACCUCAUAUUUAAAACAAAGUAACUAUUGCAAAGUCUAUUUUGAUGACUCAUGACAGUAGCUGCAUUUAAAAUAAAGUAUCUUUUUUUAUUAA